AUGGAUACAAAUCAGGAGGGCGUGAUUCGAGAUCUGGAAUUCAGGUUGACGGAAGCCGAGAAGCAACACAUCGAAAAAGUGAUGAAUAUCAGAGCAAUGAAAGAGAAAGAGGCGAUCGAAGAGAAAAAAGAGACAGACCUAGCGAUACAUAUGCGAGAUAAGAGGAUAGCGUCUCUUAAGCUAAUGAUAAAAGAUCAAGAAGAUGAACUCGCAGACAAGGACACUCAGUUAAAGCAAUUACAGGCGGAGUUGUUAAAACUACGUGAAGAACAUGAGCAGGAAAAAUGUGAGCAGACACGGAAGGUCAAGGUCAAGAAAGGUCAAGUCUAAGAAAGCAGCAGCCCGUAAACUCAAGUCAGAGUCAGCAACUGACUGGGAUGAGGCUAUGCCGGCACUCGACACGGAUCAAUCUUCACAAGACGAAGCCAGGGAUGAGUUUUCGCACACAAAGGGCAAGAGGGAAAGGAAUAGAGUGAGGACUAAGUAAGCAGCAGGAUGAGUCUUUAGAAGCAGCAGGCAGCGAUGAAGUUCCACAAGGAGCAGGCAGGGACAGGGCUCGAGAGCAGCAGGUUGGACGGACAAGGCUAAACAUAUAUAUAUAUAUAUAUAUAUAUAUAUAUAUAUAUAUAUAUAUAUAU